AUGGCUUCACCAGACGAGCAAGAAGAGAAGCUCGUUGUGCCCAAGUUUUCGUCCUUCAAACCCAAAAAUCCGGAGAAAGAGAACCCUCCCAAGGCCAAUGAGGAACAUGAGUCUCGUCACAAGAAGCAUACACGUGAUGACGAGAAAUCAAGGAGCCACCGGCACCGUGAGGAUCGGGACUCAAGGCACAGUGGACGCGAGUCUCGCCAACAUCGAGACCGUGACCGAAGCCGAGACCGACAUCGUCAUCGAAUCCAGAGUCGUGAGAGACGGCAGGAUGGGCCAGAGAAGAAAAAGUCUGCUUCCAAGCCGGAGGGCGUUCCCGGUCUGUUUGUGAUUGACACCAAAGGUGACCCCCUGAUCAUCAGGUAUGGUGGCCUUGAUCGAUCGCAGGUACCCGCCUAUCACCGCCGUGAGGGUCGGAAAAUCCUUGGCUCGGAAGGCCGCCUGGUCCUUCACCGUGACGGCCCUCGAGACUUGUUCAGUAUUCGCAUGCCUGGCGAAGGAUUCCACAGCGGUAGAGAUGGGCUUCGAUCAAAAAGGCCAAAGACGGAAUCGAGACCAGCCAAGAGAAUCAUGAGAAGAGUUGGUGCCUAUUCUGAGUCGGAAGAGGCUGAGGGAUUCCUAGCUUUGACAUCUUCAAGGAAACGCAAGCGUGAUCAGAGGAAUGAAGAGUCUUCGGACGACGAGCGCCCCUCGUAUCGAUCCAUUGAAGGCAAAGCGAAACCACGGCAGCAGUCGGAUAGUGAGUCAGAUAAGGACUCGGAUAUGUCAAUUGACGCAGUGGCAGUGGAUCAGAGCAAUCCGCUGAAGCAAAAGUCCAUUCAGCUGAGCAGACGAGUAAAGGAAGCCCCAGAAGAUAUCGACGCCUGGUUAGAGCUUGUAGACCACCAGGACGCUCUGCUCAAGGCUGGAGAAGACUUGGACCACACGGUGCUAGAGAAUGAAGCCCAUAGCUUUGCAGAGAUCAAAGUAUCCAUGCUCGAGUCUGCUCUCACAAACACAAGGAGCGUGGAGGACCGCCGGCGAGUUCUCGUGUAUCUGAUGCGCGAGGGUGCCAAAGUGUGGACCAGCAAAGCGACGGCCAAGAAAUGGUCAGAGGUCUUGACAGGCGACGAUAACUUUGUCUUGUGGAAGGCUCACCUUGACUUUUUGACGGCCAACAUUACGACAUUUCAGUAUGAUGAUGUCAAGAAAAUGCUCCUGGACAGGCUACGCUUGACGCUCAACCGCUUGGCGACGGAGCAGGCCAAAGACAUUCUCGAAGAAGCCAUCUUUGUGUUUCUGAGAUUGACUCGCUUCGUCCACGAUGCUGGCUACAAGGAACUGGCGGUUGCGGCCUGGCAGUCACUUCUUGAGCUCACUUUCUUCAGGCCGCCGGCCAUCGACAACGAGCAGUCUGCGCUCGACAGUUUUGAAGAAUUUUGGGAAAGCGAAGUUCCACGGAUAGGAGACGCCGGCGCAAAAGGCUGGAGACAGUACGUUGAGGCUGGUGGUGAUGGCGAUGCUGCAGAGCCGCAACGCGCAGCACCAAUCACACCAUCUUCCUCGCGAGAUGUCUACAAAGCAUGGGGCCAUCUGGAGCACUCUCGGUCGCAAGCGGCCAAGUUGCCGGCGAGGACAAUGGACGACGGGACAGAUGAUGACCCGUUUCGAGUCGUGAUCUUCUCCGAUAUCAAGCCAUUCCUCUUCUUGAUACCGACUUCUGUCUUAUCAGAGGUGUCACCACAGCUGAUUGAUGCAUUUUUACUAUUCUGUGGCUAUGCUCCGGCCUUCAAGGCAAGCCGUUGGACAGAGAUGGCAUGCAACGACCAAUUCAUCUCAUCAUCGCUCGUCAAGCUGGACUUGCAACCAACUAUACAUAUCGACGACGACGACACGGACGACUGGUACAGGAGGCAGCCGCGAUUCGACAUGGGCAUAACCGCCACGCCUUCGCUAUCUCUGCUGUUUGGGGGCUCAGAGUGGUUUCAUUACAUUCCCACCACGUCCCAGGAUCCCCUACUCAGCUCGCUUUGGGUUUACGAGGCGCUGAAGCAGCUUGUUCACGGUGCGGGAGUGGAGAGCCUCGCGCAAUAUUACCUUGGGAUGGCCUUUUCUAAUGAUCAGGCGGGCAUCAAGAAGCCUGCCAAGGCUCUGCUCAAGCAGUACCCCGCGAAUUCUGAACUGUAUAACGCGUAUGCAGUUGCUGAAUAUGCCAACGACCGAGGUGUGGCGGACAAGGUGAUAAGGGCUGCUACGGAGGCCCCCUCGUUGUGUGCAAAGUGGUAUAAAUAUCUGUUCCAUGCAACUUGGAGCUGGAUGGAUCUGGAAGCAGGGAACGUUGGCCUAGCCAAAGUACGACUCUGCGCAUCAGUGGACGAGACACUCAGAGGCGUAGUGACAGAAGUGCCAGAAAUCAGCAAUACCACGCUUCUCAAGGCCCAGCAGACGUUCACAUCAAGCUUUCACGAAUCUUUAAUCAGUGGUGAUGCUGCCGGAGCGAGCACCCUUGCUGAGUGUAUGGCGCUGCUGGCCUAUCUCACGGCUCCAGGCAGCACGGAGCCCACGUCAGUAUUGCAAGGCAAUAUUGCUGCUGCAAUGAACACCGUGGAUGCAAUCUGUCAAGAGUUUCGGUCUCAGGAUCAAGGCGGUUCGGCAGCGCACGAGCGUGUUCUUCAACAUGCUGCACAUCUCCUGUAUUUACAUGCAUCCAAAGGACCCUUUCGGAGAGUGUAUCUGCGCGAGAAGCUGUCAGGCUUCAUCCGACAAUUCCCACGAAACUCCAUCUUCCUCGCCCUGUUUGAGUGGUCCGAUGCGAGCCUGCGUGUCAUUGACGAGACGCGUGACCUGCUCUAUGACCAGGUUCUAGUAAAGGGACACGACUGCGUGAGCAGCCGCGCGUUUGCCAUUCAGCACGAGCUCACGCGCGGCAACGCCAACACGACGAAGAAUGCAUUCGAGAAUGCGCUGGCGAGCGACACUUGUCGAAAUACUCCCGCGCUGUGGAUCUACUACAUUCGAUUCUGCUAUGCCCAGAAGCAGUUCCGCAACAAGGCAAAGGACGUGUUCUACCGGGCGUUGAGGCACUGCCCCGGAUCAAAGGAGGUGAUGAUGGAGGCGUUUGCGACGCUGAUUCGCGACAUGGAGUCGGAGGAGCUGCGGGCUGUGUAUAACACAAUGACGUCGAAGGGGAUGAGGGUUCAUGUUGAUUUGGAGGAGUUUCUCGAGAAGCGGAGGGCGGAGAAGAGCAGAUGAGCUGGGCAUGGAUCUGUAUGA